AUGAAUUCUACAGAGCCUAAUACCACAGAUUAUACUGCAGAUCCCUGCUAUUUAGACAUUGAUUGUCUACUAGCACAAGUCGCACAGCCUUGUUCCAAGUUGGAAGUCAGGAACUUCACCAAAGCAUUUCUGCCAGUUGCGUAUUCAUUGAUCUGUAUCAUCGGCCUAGUCGGUAAUGUCUUUGUAGUGAUGACCUUUGCUUUGUACGAAAGAGCCAAGUCCAUGACAGAUGUGUACCUCUUCAACAUGGCCAUAGCAGACAUCCUGUUUGUUCUCACUCUCCCACUCUGGGCAGUGUACUAUGCUGCUGACAAAUGGAUUUUCGGUGAUUUCCUUUGCAAAAUGACUAAAGGUAUCUAUGCAAUCAACUUCAGCUGUGGCAUGCUCCUUUUGGCCUUUAUCAGCAUCGACCGGUACAUUGCUAUCGUGCAGGCAACAAAGUCAUUUAAACUCAGGGCAAGAACACUGGCACAUAGUAAACUCAUUUGUUUGGUUGUGUGGCUGUCAUCAAUUUUAAUCUCCACUUCCUCUUUUCUAUACAAUGAAAGUUACAGCUUCUCGUCCAAUGAAACCAAAGAGGUCUGCGAUCAAAGAUUUGACAGAAGGUCUGAAAGCAAGGUGUUGAAAUCACUGCUGCUCUGUCUACAAGUUGGAUUUGGAUUUUUUAUACCUUUCAUGUUCAUGCUUUUUUGUUAUACGUUCAUUGUAAAAUCCUUACAACAAGCUCAGAAUUCCAACAGGAACAAAGCAAUCCGAGUGAUUGUAUUAAUUGUAGCUGUUUUCCUAGUUUGCCAGGUACCUUAUAACAUUGUUCUUCUUGUGACGGCCAUAAAUAUGGGCAAGGUAGGUAAGUCUUGUGAAAACGAAAAUAUAAUGGCCUAUGCAAAAUACUCCACUGAAACCAUAGCAUUUUUACACUGUUGUCUGAACCCCGUGCUCUAUGCAUUUAUUGGAGUGAAGUUCAGAAGUUAUUUUGUGAAGAUAAUGAGGGACCUGUGUUUCAUGAGAUACAAGAAAUACAAUAAACGUACGAACUCUGAUACUAAUAAUUCAAGACACACUAGUGAAAUUCUCAUUGACAAUGCAUCCUCUUUUCCUAUAUAA